CUUGAAGCUGUUGAGUUUAUGCAACGGUCUCGCUGCACAACUGUACUGUUGUGAAACUGAGCAUUUGUGACAGGUCACAUGUUAGCGGAUGAGCUGCUGACUCCACAUUUUCAAUGGAAACACACUGAAAGGUCUGUGUGGAAUCUUAGAAAUUUCCCAUCAUGCAGUUGGAGGCUCAGCUGCGACUAUGUCAGAGUUGUCUUUGGUGCUGCAAGAGCGGACUGCGUCUGCUCUCUCAGAGCUCUGCACACAGAAAAGCUGUGAACUACUAUGAUCUUCUGGGAGUGAAAUCUGAUGCCACCUUGGAGGAAAUUAAAAAAGCAUUUUUUGACAAAUCUAGGAAGCUGCACCCAGAUAGCGACCCAUCAAACCCAGCGCUGCACGGCCAGUUUGUGGAGCUGAACAAGGCCUACCGUGUGCUGAGCAAAGAGCCAAGUAGGAAAGAGUACGACUUCAAAAUCAGACAUCGAUACAGUGGGGGCCAGACCUUCAGAUCUUCCUCCAGUCACACCACCUACAGAGCCAGUGCCAACAACCAGGACAACAAUUAUUAUUGGGAGCAGUUUCAUCAGUCUCAUACUGCUCAGAUGACGCCAGAGGAGAGGCAGAAGAAGAGGAGGAGGAACUUCCGCCUGGUGGGCUACUGUGUCUUAACCAUGGUGCUCAGCAUAGGAGCCCACAUAGUCUUCUUCAGUAAAUUGGAAGACAUUCACACUAACUUCAUGGACGAGAAAGAUAGAAUCAUCACAGAAAUCUAUAAUGACUCCAAAGAGAGAGCCAAGAUCAACGGUUUUAAGAAACAGACAGAAAUCCUCCGGCACAAACAUGCGGAGUUCCUGGAGAAAUACAAAAACCAGAACAAUGGAGAGGACAAGUAGGAGUCUCCAACUGUGCUCUAUGAUGAGGGAGUUUGAACUGUCAGCAGGUGGAAGGUGGCAGAGUGAAUGUGGUAUGAGUUUUAGGAUUUAAAGGUUUUUCUGGCGUAUUUAAACAUGACAAAGAACCACAGUUUGUCUUCAGAUGUGAUACUGAGAAGCUGAAGGUAGACGAGAGCGUGGGUGUGAUGUAGGAGGAUUUCAUUUGGUCACAGAGGUGUGAACGCCUGACCAGGCUGAGCUAUAUAUCAGCUUGGACUGAACCAUUUGUAGUUAAUAGCAUCGAUUGUACUGUUGGAAGAAUGUUCUCAGACCUUGUCCUCUGUUUGUCCAAUGGAGCCACAAUGAACACUAUCAAAUUACCUCUAAUGAACUCACAGGACCAUGUUAUUUAUUGUUCUCAGCCUCAUGUCUGUGUUAGUGGUACACAGCAUGCAGGGCUCACAGAUAACAGUGACUAAUGGCACAUGACGGCAAACAUGUGUAAUUGAUUGUAACACCAAUACAUUUCUUGGUGCUAAAAGAAACUGAUACUGAUUAAAAUCAUGUCUUGGGUUGCGCACAAGAGGACACAGUUUAAUGUUCUCCUGGGUUUUAUGAGCCUCACUGGUUUAGGGGGACAGUUGCGAAGGGUGCUUUAUAACACAUGCAAAGUAUUUUAAGCAUUCAUCUUCUUCCAGGUUAUGUGACGGAAAUAUGAAAAGCUACUUGGCCUGAAUUUUGGGACAUUGCUGCUCAGCUCCUCAUGAUAAAAGUACGCAUGUGAUUGAGACAAAAAUUAUAAUUGAUCAAUAUUAUGACUUGAAGAGCGACACUGCGUCAUUCAAUUGUAGACAAAUAAUAUUAAUAAUAGUACUGAGAUUAUGAAAAUGUACAAAUUGAAUGAAAGUUAUUUCAACCUCCAUAGCCAACAUUUACCAUUUGGCCUUUUAGUUUUUAGAUAUUAGAGUGUGUUAUUUUCCUGUUCUUGACUGCCUUGUCUGUUCCCUGGGGGGAUGUCAGUGAAAUGAUUAAAAGAUCAACUUUUUCUCAUCA